AUGGAUCCCAAGCGUCCAGCAGAGACAUCCGACCAUGGCAGCCGCAAGAAACCUAGGAUCGAUGUGUCAAUGAAAGCCUGGAAAGAGACCCAGAACGCGUUGCAUCUGCUCGGUGAGGAACUUCGGCGGAAGGAGGCAGAGGUUGAGCAGCAGCAAAAGCAGGCGGCGGCGAAGGCUGAGCAGGACCGAGAGACCAUUGUCGCACAGGCCCAAGAAAUCAAGAACCAGAAGCUGCAACUUGACGGCGUGCGGGAUUCAUUCCGACAGUAUCAACGCCGAAAUGAACAAAGUUUGAGUGUUGUUGCGCAGAAGCAGUCAGAGGACGAAGGCAAACACGCGUCACAGAUUGAAGCUCUGCAGGCCAAGCUUCUCAAAGCCCAAGGGGCUGCAGACAGAUCCCAAGAGUUUGAAGUGAUCAAGUCUACCGUCAACGUGUUGUCGAGCCAGGUCAAAGAUCUCACUGGCACUUUAGAAAGAUACCGGAAACAGGUUCAGGAGCUCACAGUAAGCGAAGCGGUCCUGAUCCAUGAAAAGCGUCACGGUCUUUGGGUUCUCGAGAGAAAGAGGUCAAUACUGGAAAAGAGCCACGCCGAACGCUCCGAUGAUCUAGCUUGCCUGGUAGAGGCAAUGGCCGCCACRGUCAAAAUCAGAGAAGUGACCAAGGGUAUGCAGCUCACCAAUAUGGGGCAAUUUGGCGCAGCUCAUGCGGAGUUGCGAACUGCUCUGACCCCGAAAGUACGCUCCGUGCUAUUGAAGCACAGCGAGGCACAAGCCGCCGGUCUGUAA